GUGCUCAUAAAUGUAUAAAAUAAAUCAUUACGAAUCGAAUGAGAAGGGACGUCGCGGUAGAAUCAGUGACAGGAUAAUGUUUGAGGACCGUCGGUCAGCUGUUGACGGCUCCACCCCCGCUACCUGUACAUCUCCCGAGCCAUCUUCCAAACCGAUCUGACCCAGAUCAGCUGGCCGAAGCAAGAAGAGGACAAGAGAACCUAUGGAAAGCGUUAUCGCAAAAUAUUUUCUGAAAGGGAAUAAAUUAGAAAACCGCGGUUAUAAAGAGAGAAAGUAGUCGUCAACAGCUAGCGAGUAACGGACCCAGAAAGCGGCGAUUGGUUCUCAACAAGGUGGAGUUGUGUGAGCGAGGGAUACCCAUCGAUUGCGCUUUACGCUAUUCGGUUACCAGAUGCAGGAACCUGAACGACAGGUCGCACGAAGAUAAGAGCUGCCUUUUCUGGAAAUAUUGAACCGUUACACCAGAAGAAACAAACAAAGAAGAACAGUAAUUGGGAUUUCCUAUAUGGAAUUAAAUGAAAGAGUUUUAAAGAAAUAUCAGAUUUUUACAUACAAUUCGCAUUUAGAUAUGUCUUCUUUUACGAUGUGUGAAUGACUGCUGUAUAUGUAACUAUCACAUCCUGUCAUUUGAAGUGAAGUUUGUGCGUAACAGGUCGCUGAGAACACAACAUUUACAUAGAAGAAGGACUGAUGAAAACGGACCGGGCAGACUAGAGGAAGAAGAAGGUAGUUAGUUUAAACAAUAUGGCUGAAUUGUGGAGUAAGGGACACUGGCUGGAACUACUCAAAGAGUCUGGAUGCUAGUUAUAGAACAUGGCAAUCUAUCCCUGGGCAUCGGUAGCCUCAGAAUAAUGCCUAAAGGUAAACAUAGUUACUAUCCGGACUCUCCCUCUAUCCGCAUAUCCAAGAUGGAUGUGAUCAUCCCGUUCUCCCCAGAUGUGCCUUGUGAUAGCAACGGGCAACGUAUGUGGUGGGCUUUCCUCGCCUCGUCCAUGGUUACGUUCUUUGGAGGUCUCUUCAUCAUUCUUCUCUGGAGAACUCUCAACUACCUGUGGACCGUCUGCUGCCACUGUAAUACCAAGAAGAAGAAUGUUCAUCGGGUCCAUCACCCUAUCUCCCAUGGGGAUGGCAUCAAGCACACCAAGGAGACGGUGGCUGCUCUCAGCGAGGUGGGCUGGAUGACCUCCGUCAAAGAUUGGGCCGGGGUCAUGAUAUCAGCCCAGACACUGACAGGCAGAGUCCUGGUGGUGCUUGUCUUUGCCCUCAGCAUCGGAGCCCUUGUAAUAUACUUCAUAGAUUCCUCUGACCCCAUCGAGUCCUGUCAGAACUUCUACAAAGACUUCACGCUACAGAUCGACAUGGCUUUCAACGUCUUCUUCCUCUUGUACUUUGGUCUACGGUUCAUAGCGGCCAACGACAAGCUGUGGUUCUGGCUGGAGGUGAACUCAGUGGUGGACUUCUUCACUGUUCCCCCGGUGUUCGUGUCCGUCUAUCUCAACAGGAGCUGGCUUGGCUUACGUUUUUUAAGGGCCUUAAGAUUGAUACAGUUCUCAGAAAUCUUACAGUUUUUGAAUAUAUUAAAAACAAGCAAUUCCAUAAAACUGGUGAACUUGUGUUCAAUCUUCAUAAGCACAUGGCUAACAGCUGCAGGCUUCAUACAUUUGGUGGAAAACUCAGGGGAUCCUUGGGAAAACUUCCAAAAUUCCCAGUCACUUUCCUACUGGGAAUGUGUCUACUUACUGAUGGUUACUAUGUCCACUGUGGGCUAUGGAGACGUGUAUGCCAAAACUACCCUGGGACGACUUUUCAUGGUCUUCUUCAUCCUUGGUGGUUUGGCCAUGUUUGCUCGCUACGUGCCAGAAAUUGCUGCUCUCAUCCUUAAUCGGAAGAAAUACGGAGGGAGUUAUAACUCGACCCGAGGCAGAAAGCACAUCGUGGUCUGUGGUCAUAUUACCCUUGAAAGUGUGUCCAACUUCCUUAAAGACUUCCUACACAAGGACAGGGAUGAUGUCAAUGUAGAAAUUGUUUUUCUCCAUAAUAUUUCCCCUAAUCUUGAGCUGGAAGCCUUGUUUAAACGGCACUUCACCCAGGUGGAGUUCUACCAGGGAUCUGUUCUCAACCCACACGACCUGGCCAGAGUCAAGAUAGAGUCAGCAGAUGCCUGUUUGAUCCUAGCUAAUAAAUACUGUGCAGACCCUGAUGCUGAGGAUGCUUCCAACAUCAUGAGGGUGAUAUCCAUCAAGAACUACCAUCCGAAGAUCAGAAUCAUUACCCAGAUGUUGCAGUACCACAACAAGGCCCACCUUUUGAACAUUCCCAGUUGGAACUGGAAGGAGGGGGACGAUGCCAUUUGCCUUGCUGAGCUGAAGCUUGGCUUCAUAGCACAGAGUUGUCUGGCUCAGGGCCUCUCCACCAUGCUGGCCAACCUCUUCUCCAUGAGGUCCUUUAUCAAGAUUGAAGAGGACACGUGGCAGAAGUAUUACCUGGAAGGAGUAGCCAAUGAAAUGUACACUGAGUACUUGUCUAGUGCCUUUGUGGGCUUAUCCUUCCCCACCAUUUGUGAACUGUGCUAUGUGAAGCUAAAGCUGCUACUGAUCGCUAUCGAGUACAAGUCUGAUAUACGGGAAAGCAGCACUCUCAUCAACCCUGGGAACCAUGUGAAGAUGCAGGAAGGAACCUUGGGGUUCUUUAUCGCCAGCGAUGCCAAAGAAGUUAAGAGGGCACUUUUCUACUGCAAAGCUUGCCACGAUGACAUCACAGAUCCCAAAAGGAUAAAGAAAUGUGGAUGUAAACGAUUGAUCUAUUCCAAGAUGUCCGUCUACAAGAGAAUGACGCUGGCAUGUUGUUUUGAUUGCGGCCGUUCAGAGCGUGACUGCUCUCGCAUGUCAGCCAAUGUGCAUCACCAUAGUAAAGCGAAGGACACCCUUCAGCAGCGUGGCUUCCCUCUCUCUCCUGUCUCUCUUAAUGAUUGCUCGACCACUUUACGUGCCUCAAAAAAUAACUAUAACGGAUAUAUCAAAUCAAUGGAAGAGGAGCAGCAGUCAGCCGUUUCUCCUAAAAAGAAACAAGUCAAUGGAAACACGAGGAACUCACCCAACGGUUCACCAAAAAUGAUGAGGCAUGACCCUCUCCUCAUGCCGGGGAAGGAACAGAUUGAGAACAUGGACGUGAACGUGAAGAAAUACGACUCCACAGGGAUGUUCCACUGGUGCCAGUCCAAAGACAUUGAGAAGGUCAUCUUGACCCGGAGCGAAGCUGCCAUGACUGUUCUAAGCGGCCACGUGGUCGUCUGUAUAUUUGGAGACGCAAAGUCGGCUUUGGUGGGCCUUAGGAACCUUGUGAUGCCUCUGAGAGCUAGCAAUUUCCACUACCACGAGCUGAAACCCAUUGUGUUUGUGGGUUCUCUGGAGUACCUGAAGAGGGAAUGGGAGACCCUUCACAACUUUCCCAAAGUCUCCAUCUUACCUGGCACACCAUUAAGCCGGGCCGAUCUGAGGGCCGUCAAUAUCAACCUCUGUGACAUGUGUGUCAUCCUGUCAGCCAAUCAGAGCAAUAUUGACGACGCUUCACUGCAGGACAAGGAAUGCAUCCUGGCGUCACUCAACAUCAAGUCUAUGCAGUUUGAUGACAGCAUCGGGGUGUUGCAGGCUACCUCCCAAGGUUUCACCCUGCCAGGCAUGGACAGGUCCUCUCCUGAAAACAGUCCAGUUCAUGGGGGGUUGGUACGACAGGCUUCCAUCACAACAGGAGCCAAUGUCCCCAUCAUCACUGAACUAGCACCGUUAGUAAAACCAGCAGGCAAAGUCCUACCUGUGAUUUCAUUCAGUCAGGAUACAAGCAGUGGGAUCAACAUACACAUAAUAACAGAACUGGUGAACGACUCCAAUGUUCAGUUCCUGGACCAGGAUGAUGACGAUGACCCUGACACAGAGUUGUACCUCACUCAACCCUUCGCCUGUGGGACGGCUUUCGCAGUCAGUGUGCUGGAUUCCCUGAUGAGUGCUACAUACUUCAAUGAUAAUAUCCUCACCCUGAUCCGGACGCUGGUAACAGGGGGGGCCACUCCGGAGCUGGAGGGUCUGUUGGCGGAGGAGAAUGCAUUACGAGGAGGCUACAGCACGCCGCAGACCCUCGCUAACCGGGACAGGUGUCGUGUUGCACAGCUAGCCUUGUACGAUGGGCCAUUUGCUGACUUGGGGGAUGGUGGUUGCUAUGGUGACUUGUUUUGUAAAGCGUUAAAAACAUACAACAUGCUUUGCUUUGGAAUUUACCGAUUGAGGGACGCCCAUCUAAACACACAAAGUCAUACAAGUCAAUGCACUAAACGAUAUGUAAUAACCAACCCACCGUAUGGUUUUGAGCUGGUGCCAUCAGACCUGAUCUUCUGCCUGAUGCAGUUUGACCACAACGCGGGUCAGUCCCAGGCCAGCCUCACCCAUAGCUCCCACUCCUCCCAUUCGUCCAGCAAAAAGAGCUCCUCCGUCCAUUCUAUCCCCGCCACCAACCGCACCAACCGCGCCAAGAGCAGGGACUCACGGGAUAAACAAAAAAAAGACAUGCUUUACAGAUGAGCCUGAGAACGCAGCUUACCCCAGGAAGUCGCACUGUAGUCACACAGCCAACCACCAGGUCAUCCACCAGGUUAACCAGAACCCUUACAAAUCCACCAACAACCUCAUCCCAUCCAUCAGAGAGGUGGAGGACGAAUACUGAACUACAGAACCCUAUGUUGACACCUACAGUAGAACCCACCUGGAGAACACCUGGAACUAGAACCCAAGAACAGCUAGAACCCACCUACAGAACACCUGAUACUAGAACCCCAAAACAGCUAGAACCCACCUACAGAAUACCUGGAACUGGAACCCCAAAACAGCUGGAACCCACCUACAGAACACCUGGUACUAGAACCCCAAAACAGCUAGAACCCACCUACAGAAUACCUGGAACUGGAACCCCAAAACAGCUGGAACCCACCUACAGAACACCUGGUACUAGAACCCCAAAACAGCUAGAACCCACCUACAGAAUACCUGGAACUGGAACCCAAAACCAGCUGGAACCCACCUACAGAACACCUGAUACUGGAACCCAAGAACAGCUAGAACCCACCUACAGAACACCUGGAACCCAAAAACAGCUAGAACCCACCUACAGAACACCUGAUACUAGAACCCAAGAACAGCUAGAACUCACCUACAGAACACCUGGAACUGGAACCCAAGAACAGCUAGAACUCACCUACAGAACACCUGGAACUAGAACCCAAGAACAGCUAGAACUCACCUACAGAACACCUGGAACUAGAACCCAAGAACAGCUAGAACUCACCUACAGAACACCUGGAACUAGAACCCAAGAACAGCUAGAACCCACCUACAGAACACCUGGAACUAGAACCCAAGAACAGCUAGAACUCACCUACAGAACACCUGGAACUGGAACCCAAGAACAGCUAGAACUCACCUACAGAACACCUGGAACUAGAACCCAAGAACAGCUAGAACUCACCUACAGAACACCUGGAACUAGAACCCAAGAACAGCUAGAACCCACCUAGAGAACACCUGGAACUAGAACCCAAGAACAGCUAGAACCCACCUAGAGAACACCUGGAACUAGAACCCAAGAACAGCUAGAACCCACCUAGAGAACACAUGAAACUAGAACCCUGCUCCAGUGGAACUGGAAUCUGAAGAACACUUUAAAGCUAGAAUCCUUAGUUGCUACAUCAAUUUAUGGACUUAUAAAUGAAUGAUCAAAACAUCAAUGCUGCAUAAUAAACCUCAUGGAAAAGUGCAUAUGUACAGUAGCUACAGUAACAUCAUAUCAACGGGCUUUUUGACAUGUUUUAUACAUAUGAACAUAUAAAUGAAGUAAUAUACAUAUAAAUACAAUCAGAUGUCAAUCAAAUGUACUGUCAGUCAGUCGCUAACGCUAACACUCAGCCAUGUAGUUUGCACAGCCAGUUCCUUAGUGACCAGACUCCAUCAGUUACCCAUUUUGGAGAAUGAGGGUCGCUUCAGUCAGAGUAGCAAAGCAACGCAAUGCAAGAUAACAUAUGAUGAAACAUUAUAAUAGAGUGUUAUCAAACUGGACUGAUUAUUUGCCAAUAAAAACCAUAUACAUUGUU